AUGUCAUUGCAGCAGGCUGAACAAAUCAAUGAUAGUGACGAUGACGUCCCAAGACUGUCUGCUAACACUCUCGCAGCCCUACAAGACUUCUACCAAGAGCAAUCUCAAGCUCAAGAUCAAAAUUGCGUUGGUGAGGAUUGGCAAUUAAGCCAAUUUUGGUAUGAUAACCAAACUGCAGAAACACUAGCCAAAGAAGCGAUAAAAGCGAGCAAUAAUGGAAGUAUAGCUUGUUUAAGUUGCCCUACUUUGUAUCGAAAGUUGGUAGAACUCAAUCCGGACAAUGUGCAAUAUAUAAUAUUCGAAUACGACAAGAGAUUUGAGAUAUAUGGCGAUGAUUUUAUUUUCUAUGACUACAAUGAACCGAUGAAGUUUCCUUCUUCUGUUGGUAAAAAUUCCUUCGAUGUAGUAGUAGCUGAUCCGCCAUUUCUGACAGAGGAGUGUCUUACAAAGACCGCUUGCAGUAUACGUUACCUUACUAAAGACAAAAUAAUACUUUGUACAGGUCUAAAGAUGCAAACACUUGCGGAACGAUUACUGAACUUAAAUGUAUGCCAAUUUAGACCUAAACACGCCAACAAGUUAGGCAAUGAAUUUGGCAGUUUUACUAAUUAUGAAACUACAUUUUUAAAUUAA